AUGUCGCGCGCGAAGCGCCGGUCGGCCGGGAAACAUAACACCACCAACGACGACGACGCGUCCACCUCGUCCACGUUGCAGCUCCGGCCGGAGGCGCGGAUGAAGCCGGAGGAGAGAGCCCGCAAGGCCGCGUUCGAGCUCCACGACAGCCUGGAGCGGUGCAUCGCGAGCGUGGACGGCAGCGGCGAGAAGGUGUUCCGGGCGCUGAUCAACACCAGAGUCUCCCUGCUCAACAUCCUCAGCCCAACCUUCUGA